CACAAGGAGGGGGAGGGGAGAGACCAUCAUCAGAGAGCUCUGUUUACACCAUGAGAAAGGGAGAGCUGUGCUGCAUUGUGGGCUUGCCCACAACAUUCAAUUUGGGAUUUCUUGCUGCCUUAGCUCUCGCCGGAGGUCAUGCAAAUCGACCUUAAAAGAAUGCAUAAGCCAUAAAUUAAAAUAAACCCUUAGCCAGGGGCUGAUCCAUAAGUAGACAAUACCUAACCUGGACAAAACGGCUUCCUUUGCGAGCUGAAAAAAAGAAUAGCGCCUAAGCUAAAUGCAACGUCAGUUUCAUGAAUUCAAAAGCAACUUACCAGUGAUUUCUGGGUGCUGGGGCUGAUUUUCUUGUGUAUUUUGACAGUGGUUCCUUGUGAUUUGGGAAGGUGUCAGAGGUGUUAUGCCAUCAAGUUCUGAAGUGCUGGCUGGUGUGGUAGGAGAAAACAGGACAGAAGAGUGGAAGAACAGCCAUUAUAUAAGAAUGUCUUCCAAGCAGGCCACCUCUCCAUUUGCCUGUGCAGCUGAUGGAGAGGAAGCAAUGACCCAGGAUUUAGCAUCACGAGACAAGGAAGAGGGCAACAAUGAUCAUCACGUGGCCUCCCAUCUGCCUCUACACACCCUAAUGCACAGCAAACCUCACUCGGAUGAGCUACCAACUCUGGUUACCACCAUCCAACAAGACGCCGACUGGGACAGUGUUAUCUCAGCCCAGCAUAGAAUGGAGUCAGAGAAUAAUAAGUUAUGUUCCCUAUAUUCCUUCCGGAAUACCUCUACCUCACCACACAAGCCCGACGAAGGAGGUCGCGAUCGCAGUGAGCUAAUGACCAGUGUUAAUUUUGGAACUCCAGAACGCCGCAAAGGAAGCCUUGCUGAUGUGGUGGACACACUGAAACAGAAGAAACUAGAGGAAAUGACCAGGACUGAACAGGAAGAUUCAUCUUGCAUGGAAAAACUACUUUCUAAAGACUGGAAGGAGAAAAUGGAAAGACUAAAUACAAGUGAACUCCUUGGAGAAAUUAAAGGUACACCAGAAAGCCUGGCAGAAAAAGAGCGACAGCUCUCUACCAUGAUCACCCAGCUGAUCAGUUUACGGGAGCAGCUCCUGGCUGCCCAUGAUGAACAGAAAAAGCUGGCAGCCUCACAAAUUGAAAAACAACGGCAGCAAAUGGACCUUGCUCGCCAACAGCAAGAACAGAUCGCAAGACAACAACAGCAACUUUUGCAACAGCAGCACAAAAUCAAUCUACUGCAGCAGCAAAUUCAGCAGGUUCAGGGUCACAUGCCUCCGCUCAUGAUCCCAAUUUUUCCACACGACCAGCGGACAUUGGCAGCAGCUGCUGCAGCCCAGCAGGGAUUCCUGUUCCCCCCAGGAAUAACUUAUAAGCCCGGUGAUAACUACCCUGUGCAGUUCAUUCCAUCAACAAUGGCAGCUGCUGCUGCUUCUGGACUCAGCCCUUUACAGCUCCAGCAACUCUAUGCAGCUCAGCUGGCCAGCAUGCAGGUUUCUCCUGGAGCCAAGAUGCCUUCUACUCCCCAGGCACCGAACGUGACAGGGGCACUCUCACCCACCGGGAUGAAAAACGAAAAGCGAGGGACCAGCCCUAUAACUCAAGUGAAGGAUGAAGCAGCGCAGCCACUGAAUCUCUCAGCCCGACCCAAAACAGCUGAACCUGUCAAAUCCCCGACGUCACCGACGCAGAGCCUCUUCCCAGCUAAUAAAACCAGUCCAGUGAAUGUGCCAAAUAAAAGUGGCAUCCCGAGCCCUAUUGGAGGGACAUUGGGACGAGGAUCCUCUUUAGAUAUCCUUUCCAGUCUUAACUCACCAGCCCUAUUUGGGGACCAGGACACGGUCAUGAAAGCCAUACAGGAGGCUCGAAAGAUGAGAGAGCAGAUCCAGAGGGAGCAGCAGCAGCAGCCGCCUCAUGGUGUCGAUGUGAAACUGCCCUCUAUGAAUAGCAUGGGUCUAAACAACUGCAGGAAUGAAAAGAUGCCAGUGCGGAUAGAUGCCAUCACUGGAAGGAUAUGCAUUAGAACUGUAGACACAGAAAGAACACGCUUUGAGAAUUUAGGCCCACAGUUAACAGGGAAACCCAGUGAAGAUGGAAAACUGGGCCCAGGAGUUAUUGACCUUACAAGGCCAGAAGAUGCAGAGGGAAGUAAAGCAAUGAAUGGCUCUGCAGCUAAACUACAGCAGUAUUAUUGUUGGCCAACAGGAGGUGCCACUGUGGCUGAAGCUCGAGUCUACAGGGACGCACGGGGCCGAGCCAGUAGUGAACCGCAUAUCAAGCGACCAAUGAACGCUUUCAUGGUUUGGGCAAAGGAUGAACGCAGAAAAAUUCUCCAAGCUUUUCCUGACAUGCACAAUUCCAAUAUUAGCAAAAUCCUAGGCUCUCGCUGGAAAUCCAUGUCUAAUCAAGAGAAACAACCUUAUUAUGAAGAACAGGCCCGGCUAAGUAAAAUCCAUUUAGAGAAGUACCCUAACUACAAAUACAAACCUCGACCAAAACGCACCUGUAUUGUUGAUGGCAAGAAACUGCGUAUUGGAGAAUAUAAACAACUGAUGAGGUCUCGAAGACAGGAGAUGAGGCAGUUUUUUACUGUGGGACAGCAGCCUCAGAUUCCAAUCACCACAGGAACAGGUGUUGUCUAUCCUGGUGCUAUUAGUAUGGCAACUACCGCACCAUCACCUCAGAUGACAUCUGAUUGCUCUAGUACCUCUGCCAGUCCAGAGCCCAGCAUCCCUGUCAUUCAGAGCACUUAUGGUAUGAAGACAGACAGUGGAAGCCUUGCUGGAAAUGAAAUAAUAAAUGGAGAGGAUGAGAUGGAAAUGUAUGAGGACUAUGAGGAUGAUCCCAAAUCAGACUAUAGCAGUGAAAAUGAAGCCCAUGAGGCUGUCAGUGCCAACUGAGGAGUGUUUGCAGAAUUAAAGUACUCUGACUCUUUUGAUUUUUUGUUUUUUUGUUGAACAAAAAGUUCUUAAAGAGCCUGCAUGCAUGUGUGGCUCCUACAGUUACAUCAGCAGAAUGGUCUUAAAUGUUUCUUAACGUGUGAGACAGAUUGUUCCCCUAAUUUUCAUGAACCUGUUUUUUUUUUAAUUUAGGUGAAGACAUAUAUUAAAUAUCAGACAUUGGGACUUGAAAACUUAUAUGAAUCAAUAGCUGUCUUACAAGUCUUACCUUUUGUCUCUUGUCUUUUUUUUUUUCUCCCCUAUUUGGAUGCUGAUAGAAGUUUAAGUUUUUGUUUUAGAUGGGGGUUAUACAUUCUCACUCAGGUAUGCUGUGUCAGCCUACAGGUUGUGAAUGUGUUUUUAUUCUGGAUUAUUUUAGAAAACAAAAACUGCAGAUUUCAUAUUGUGACACAGAACAAGUCCACAAGUGUACGCAUCUGUGUGUCAGAGCUCAUCUUUUAAACAAACUCUGAAUUCCACUUUUUCCACAUGUAUAGCUGAACUUCUGAUGUGCCAAACUUUUCAUAACUUUUGAAUCUUAACAUUUUAAAAAAGUCUUAAGAGAGACACUGUAAAGUCUUAGACAAUCCUUUGGCAUCUUAAAAAAAUAUAUGUAAAACAUAAUUUUUUUUCCAGAAAAUGGUAAAGUACUCAGGAAUCUGGAGACAGGAUAUUCUUAAGUAGUGAAUAAGAUUGCCACAGUGCAUGUGCCCAAUUGCUUUUGCCUCUUGAUAUACUAUUAGCGCAAAAUAUUAAGCACAAAAGCGCGAUCACCAGCUAUGGACAGGCCUGUCUUAGCAGUGUGAGGCCACCUCUGACUACAUUCUUUAUCCCUUUGCUUUUAACCCUUGCAUUCAGUCUUAACACAUUUUCUCUUAAAUAAUUUAUUCAUUCCAGAAUGUCAAGGGUGCAAAUACUUAAUAUUUAUUUUAAAAUGUACUGUUGGUGGCAUUACAUUUAUAAUUCCUUAUGAUUGUCUUAAAGAGCCCUUUCACUUUCUUCCCCCAAAAUGUGCAGGUGCCUGAAAAUAAAAAAUGCACCUGCUUUCCAAAAUGAAAGUGGAAUUUGUGAAUGGAAAAUCCAAUUAUUUCCAUAACACUAUACAUCCAAAGAACAUCUGGAACCACUAUACUGCAUGCAAUGCAGUAUAGAAUGGAUACUUUUAAUAUGUACAUACAGUACAUAUACUCCUAUAUAUUUCUGUGUGUCAUGAUACACAUCUAUACUUAUAUAAUAUACAGAUGAACAAUCAAUGGAGACAGGUGCAUUCAAUAUCUCUUCAGAGUCUGCAUGGAUGGCUUUGUAAGGCCUGUAGAAUCAAGUAGUGAAUCAAUGUUCUGUACAUCCCCAUUCCAAUGGUGACCUGCAGGAGCUUUCUGGUAUCUUCAGUGUAUUUAUGCAGUGAUUUAUUUGUGAAAUUCCUUGAGGGAAAACUCACACAAAUAUUAGUUGCAUGGGAAUGGGAGCUGGAACUCCUGAGUUCCUUUGCUGGCUCAGCCAUUGACUCGUUGAGUGACUUUGGGCAAGUCAUUUAAGCCACAGUUCUAUGAACACUUACGUAAGUAUUUAAUUUUACUCACAUGUAUGAGUCUAACUACAUAUGUGUUUGCAGGAUUAGGGCCUUAAUGUCUCUGUGCCUCAAUUUCUCUAUCUGUAAAAUGAGGAUAAUGAUGUUUCUUUAUAUCAUAGGGGUAUUAAGAAACUUUAUACAUGAUUAUAAGGUGAUUUGGGAUAUUUGGAUGAAACCUGCUAUAAAAUGCAAAAUAUUAUUAUUGUAUUAUUAGAAACAAUAUCAAAGACAAAGAAAUCUUCUGGAAAAUAUAUGGGGGGAAAGAGAGGGAACACUCCUAGGUUGAGUAGUUAUUGAAUGUUCAGAGACAAAGAGAAUAUAAAAAGGGAGAAUUUUUCUUUUUUUCACUCCCAUUCCACUCUUGAUACUCACAAAUAACUCAGUGUCCAUAAUAGUACUGGGGGUCUGAUCCUGCACUUGAGCUGAGCGUCCUCAACUCCCACUGACUUUACUGCGAGUUUAAGGUGUUCAGCACCUCCGCGAAACAACACCUUGCAGAAUCAGAUACAUGCAAAUAAACAUAUAUGGACCUGAUCCAGCUCCCAUUGAUUUUAAUGAGCAUUGGAUCAGGCCCCAUAUGACUAAAUAGGUACAGUGUUAAUACAAGUUAUCUUCAUGCCCACCACACAAUCUUGUAAAGCUUCCUGUAAGAUCUAAUGACGAGUCGCUGUGCUGUGAGCUAUCAUUUCUCUCACAACUGCAGCUAUUUGAGUAGUGAUAACCGGUUUCACCACUGUAGGAAUCACAUCUAAAUGUGCAAAAACAAAGAAGAUUGUUCAGUUUACAGGACGAUUUAUAAGGAUAAUGACACAGAAACACAGUGGUCAAAUUUCUCUGACCAUUUUGUAAUUUGGAACAAAAUGCUAUAUUUUUACUAUUUAUUAAGUGUGUUCUAAGUCCAUGUCUAAUAGCAAUAAACUGGUCUAGCCAAGACUUUAAAGGCAUAUGCUGUGUCAUUAGCUGGUGAGCGCCCUCUUUAAGCUGGCUAAGGUACUGAUAGAAAGUGUUUUUUUGUUCUUAAUAUUUCCUGGAGAUUUGAACUGUUUUUAAUACAUCUAGCUUGGAUUAGGUGGGAGAGUACUCUAUUAUUUCCUAAAGAACAACUAUUUAUUAAUGUCUUACAGAUUUCACUAUUUCUAAAUAGCUCUCCUUCCCCCCCCUCAUUUCUUUUCUCUUUCUCUUUUCUUUCUGGUGCUGUUGCAUAGGUAGAAUGCUGUACUGCUAGCAUUUUUUUUAUGUAAUUAUUUUUGCACAAAGGCAAACAUUUAGAUUAGUAGGUUAAUUUUUUUUAAUUUUAUGACCAUGCCAAAAUAAUAUUCUGCAGGCUGGUGGAGAACAAAGGACUGUUCUUUAGGACUGAAACUUGAUUUUGCUUGUAGUACAAAAAACACACACACUCACAGAUGUUGUUUCGUAAGUGUUAUAAGCACUGGAUAUAAAUGGUAUUUUUUAUCACUUCUGACUAAUGUGAAACUGUUGUACGAAAACUAUAUGAACAAAAGUCAUCUGUUUCGACUCGUGUGGGCCUGCCUCACAGUUGCCGGAUUUGAGUCAUUUUUAUGUCUUAUUUCAUUUAUUUAUGCAAAAUACAUGUAUGUAUGAACACUUUGUUUUAGCUCCCGCCCUGCCUCAAUGUUCAUGUUCUGUCACUUAAAGCCACAUUCUUGAAAAUGAUUGGCUAUUCAGGAAUCACCAGAUUGUAAAACCUGCAUUUAUUGGUUGGAGAAGUGGGAGGGAAGUAACUGAAUCUAAAUUGCGAAUAUAAGCAUUUUAUUGUAUUUAUUAGCCGACAUUGGCUCUAAAAUGUCAGUGGAAAUCAAGGAAGGACAAUCAUAAGGAAAAAUUAUGAUUUUUUAAUUGGAGCUCAAAACAAAGUUUUUAAUGAAUUUACCAUCUCAUUUUAGAUUUUUUUAAACAUUGUGUAAAUAUAACAUAGGAAAUAGAAUUUUAUUUUUUGUUCAUGGAUACUUAGUGAAGCAUAAGUUAUGUAUUUACUUUGGUUCUGUAUCAGUGUAUGUUGGUCCAUAUUAAAUGCUGACAAGUCACUGUACCUCAUGUAGAUGCUGAAUUUACACCUGCAGUGUGAGAGCAGUAUUGUGGAUCUGUAGCUGGGACAGCAAGAUGCCUCACUUGUGCUCUCUUUGAAUUUUAAUUGCAUAUUCCACAAACAGAAUACUUUUUUUCUUUUUUCUUAUAGAAAGUUUAUACAUAUCAAAUUUCCAGUAUAGCUGGUAGGAAACUCAAUUUGCUUUGUGAAUCUGAGCAAAACUGAUGAAACAGUUUCAUUCCUAUUUGAAAGCAGAUAAUGGCAUUUUGGAGGCAACAACACAUGCCUCAAGAAGAUUAUCAUCAUUAAGCGAGCCCUUGCAAAGCUAAUUAGAUUUAAUACUGUUAAACUGUUGAUUGCUGUGUUCAUUAUGUCAUGAUAUCGUCAUAUCAGGAGUUAAAAACAGGAAGAAAUAUUGGCACAGAGGCCAUGUGGAAUUGUUUUCUAAGCAUUGAGUUUAAGUACCGCAGAAUAAUUCUGAGUUUAAAAUAAUCAUGCCAUUCAGGUAAUGCAAAAAUAUAGUAAAGCUAUUUUUACUGUGAACUGAAACAGUUUUACAGUAUAGUUCCCUAUUUAGUUAACAGAUGCAAUAUAUUUUCUUUUUGGAAACUUAUAAAAAACUUAUUUUCAAGAGAAGAACACUCCUGAAGCUGUCUGGUGCCAGCUAGCGGUAAAUUGUUGACUUCACUUGGUGUUUGACGAAACAGAAAUUAGUCUUAAUGGAAUAGAACCUCUGAUUUUCAAGGUACAUGUUUACAUAGGGAAGCAACCCUCUUGGAAGGGCCCAAUUCUGAUCCAUUUACACGUUCAUGUAUCACCAUCUAGCUUGUGAAACCAGCUGCUGAGAAUGCAUGGGAUCAGAAAGUUCUCCUAAAUUGGUGUGUUUAGGCUCAUCAAGAGGUAGGGCAAGGGUAAAAGAUGGGAUUGGUACAGAAUGGGAACUCCAAAAUGAGUGACUACACUAUUAUUUCAGUAGAGUUAUGUACAGAAAGUACUAUGCCCUGUGAAAAGAGUACAGCAGUCGGUUGAAAAUAAUGAUUGUUUAGAGUGUAAACAGAACCAUGCCCUAAUACUAAAUUCAAGCAUGGUCCCUGCAUCGUCCCUAUGGAUUACUAUUUUUGUGUUGUCAAAGACAUGAAAUUUCUUAAACUUUAUCAAAAUCAUUUUUAGUAAGAAAUAUUGCAAGGCCCCCAGCAAAACACAAGUAUCUGCUUAACUUUAAGCAUGUGAGUAGUUCCAUUGAAAUGAAUGCAACACCACUAAGUUGUUCAAAGUUAAGCAUGUGCUUAAAUCAUUUGCUGACCCAGGGUUACACUGCCAACAACUGCACUAGAAAUUCAGCCAGUAGAAAGUAUGAUAUAAAUAAUAUUCUUAUAUUUUUAAUGAGAAGUUGACAAACGGUCUCAGACCCCAGGCAUUUGCAUGCUUGUUCAAGUCUCAAGUUGGCACUUAAGCGUGUUCAUUUAAAAAAAUAUUAUAUAACCUCAUUUGAUCUUUUACAAAAUACUUACUCUUGCUCCUUAAAUAACUUCUUCAUCCAAACACCUUUUUUAUAUAAACCCAUUAUAGUCUGUGAUUUUUCUCAGAUAUUACAUUUUUGAUAUAUUGUAAUUCCCUGAUCCUACUACAGAACAAAAGAAGCAUUAAAAGAUAGGUAUAUGGAAACAUAUUUCAUUUGACUCCACAUCCCUUUUAUGUACCAGAUGCAUUUUAAAAAGCUGACAAAGAAGUAUUCUGAGAGUUCACACAUUGGGUGCAAAGGGAUGGGGGAGGGGCUAAAGGAAAACGUAUCAAAUUGGUAUUUAUGGCAAUAUGAAAGCUAUAAAGCAACUUAGUGACAUUGCUUGCUUUGUAAUUUCCGCUUUCUUAAAAAACACAAGUGAGGUCCUUGGUGCUCUUAGAGUAUGGGGAAUGUGCAAAUAUUUAACUGUUUGUAUGCUGCACAUUGCAGACCUGCUAGUGUGCAUUCUCCGUUUGUCUUCCUUUGUCAUUUGUGUUUUGUUUUCUCGAAAGCACCAUUUUUUUUCCUUCUUCAGCUUGUAACAGAGUAGGAUGUUUAGCAUUUAUGUUCACUCAUUAUUGUAUUUGCCAUGUAAAAAUUUUUUUAUUACAUUAAGGCAAGCUUAUAAGCUGUUACUACAUAACUUAUCUUACUGUAACUCUUAUUUCCUGACAUUGUAAUUUGUUUGUGAUGUAUAUUGUGAGAUUGUACUCUAUGUUAAUUUAAUCAGCACAAUUCACUGACAUGCUGGACUGACAUGCUAGCUGCUGUUUCCAAUUGUAAAGUUUGUGUAGAGCUGUUGGGACAACUGAGACUCUCUUGUCAAGGUACUAUGCUUUGGUUCCUAUAGCAACACUGUGGGUGUGGCUCUUAAAAUGCUAGAGCUGCUGUUUGUACACCCACUAGCAAAUUUUAACUGGCAGGUUUUCUUUGUAGAAAUUCUAUAUACAAUGCAGGUACCUACCCUGGGCCCAUGGCUGGUAAAUAUUUGGGCGUUUAGAGGAAAAACUAGUGUCUAUUGCUGCUUUGAAUAUGUUUUAAAGUCUGAAAAUGUAAAUAAUUUAUCAAAAAAAAUCUUGUACAGUCCAGUGUAAAGUUUUUAAAUGAACUUAAAGGUUGCCAUCACAUCUUACUCACACUCUCCUCUUGAUACAGUAAAAACGAAAAAAAGUUUGCUAAGGAUAUUGAUUUAAAACAAAAUCUGCUCUCAAUUAAAAAAAAGAGAAUCCUUAUUUGUAGCUGUGCUUCAUUGCAUAAACAGACGACUUGGAUUUUGUUGUGCAGUAUUGACGUGAGGUAAAUUAAAUAUUAAAUAAUCUUUCAGUGGUACAUUUAAGAGUCUUCUCCUCCUCUGCCUCAGUAAUUAAUGGAAAAGACACAACUGAAAGACACAGUCCUUAGACAGUAUAUUUUGGUGUAUGUUGGCACCUUACCUACAUGUUUGGGAUUGUGGGGGGAUUUUUUUUUUUUUUUUGCACAAGGUGCUUUCCUGAUAUGUUAAACAUGUCAUCUUUGGGUAAUACCGUAUAUGCCAUGAUAGGGGUAUAGACCCCUCAGGGGAGUGUCUAUAAGACUGCCUAUUUAUGCUCAUUUACCUCAAGACUGUCCUCUCUACCCUUAAUCUAUUCACCAUCACUCCAUCUUUUGUACUGCUGUUGACACUUACAAAUUAAAGAUAAAUUUUGUUUUAUGACA